CAUCGCGACGUGAUCCGCCCCACCUGCCGCGAUGAGACCUUGAAUUUCCUGAGCGGUCAUCUGCCGCGUAAUCAUAUCGCCCUUGUCGUCAUAUAGGAGCGUGACGCAUCAUGUCUGACAUGACGAUAGAAAACGAUGACGAAAAGGCAGACGAAAUAGAAAUGUUACGGGAGACCCGAUUUGUCACCGGAAGCAAAUACGAGGGAACGUGGAAUACGAUUAAUAUGACAGGCAUCGGCAGAUAUGUCACGCCUUACAAUGUUAUAUUAGAGGGGGAAUUCCGGGACGGUAUGUUUCAUGGGCGCGGAAGUAUGUACUGGCCACGUGGACAAAGAAUGGAUGGUAUUUGGAGUCGCGGAAAAAUGGUGCAAGGGCGCUAUACGUUCGCGGAUGGCUUAUCGUAUCGAAAAAAUGAUUGGGAUUAUUGCAUAUUUCCCGAUAGGCGAUUUUAUAAUUGCAUAGUAAAUGGACUGAGGCCAGCCGGGGAGGUACUGAAAACUAAUGAUCAGCCCACUAAAAUUAUUCCUCCUUUUUGCUACGAUACCGGUGCUGGGAUAUUUGAUCCAGAUAGCAAUUAUGUAACGUCGUAUCGUAAUUGUAAAAAAAUACUCAAGAUUCCAAUGGCGAUAGAAAGUGCAUGGAUAAAAAAAAAUUGUCGAAAAGGCUGGUCAGAGCCGACCGGUCAUCAGGAAUGGUUGCGCGAAUAUUGGCAAUCGGGAGCGGCGGAUUUUGCAACGUUACCGCAUGUCACAGAAGAUGAGGAAACGGAACAUUGGUGGAAAAGACUGACAAAAUUUACCCGACACUUGCCCGCUGACAUGAUGGAUAAAACACAAUUGUGUUUAAACGAACGAACAAAAAAUCAUAGAAAAAAAAUGAAUAUUAAAGAUGGAAGCAAUUAAAAAUUAAUACAAUAAGUAAUAUACAAAGUUUGUAAAA